AUGGUAUCCAGUCUCGCACGGUACGCCUUCAACAUCUAUGGCGAUACGCGGCCCCGCGAGCGGCCCCGCCGCCUUGAGUAUCCAUGCGAACGAGAGCUCACUUGCUUGUCGCAGCUCCAGCGACCGGGCCAGCCGCCCGUGGUCAUUCUAGGCGGAAAAAACUGCUUGCGCAUGUUGGCCCUCAACGCAGACAAUACCGCUGUUGUGGCGGACUCCAGCAUUGUCGACCUGGCGCGGACGCCGCAGAAACUCUUUUCUGUGAACACGCUCAAGUGCACCUCAGAUCUUGUGGCAUGCGGCCUAGCGAAUGGCACAGUCCAGGUGUACCAAGUAACCCUGGGCGGGAAAAACAGGUUGGCCUACAAGCUCCAGGACCACAAGCGGGUGGUGAAUUCGUUGGACUUUGUCGAUGACAGUGUGCUAGUGUCCGGGUCGCAAGACGGAACAGUCAAGGUGUGGGAUCUCCGCACGUUUUCGCCGCGACCGGUGAUGCAGCUCGCGGCGUCGCACCAUUCGGACCCAGUGCGGUCGUGCCAGGCUUCGGCGCACUGCCGCGUGCGCGGGAAAACCACCGUCUUGUCUGUCCACGACUCGGGCGCCUUGUGCAAGUUUGACUUGCGCGCCACUGCGGGCGUUGGUGCGGGCGUUGGUGCGGGCGCUGGUGCGGGCGCGCUUCUCCCGGAGCGUAAAUGGACCUUCCACUCGGGCCCGGCGCUCUCGUUGCACAUCCAUCCCGACGCCGAAUACGUGCUCACGGGCGGGCGCGACCGCAAAAUCUGCGUGUGGCACUACGGCGAGGCGGGUCUGCACUCUGUUGCGCCGCUCCUGAUUGUCAACACCUACGGCCCGGUGAUGAAAGUGCGGUGGUGCACGGUGGCCGCGCAGGACCCGGUCGAGCCCACGCUUGACUUGCCCGACGCGCCCGAUCCACUGUGUCUCUACAAUUACGACUUUGCGUGUCUGUAUUUAAAUGAUGACGCGACAAUCUCGGUGUAUAACUUGCGGCGGCGGUAUAUCCCCAAGGCGGUGGUGGCGUCGCCAAUGCGGAAACCGGUGCAGAACUUUGUGUGGGUGGCGCUGCGCACCGACCGCCGCCUUUUCUCCAUCUCGAAGGCCAAUGUGCUAGUCGCACAUGACUUGGACGUCAACGAUGUGGACAUCACGCGCCCGUUGGACAACAUGCCUGCAGUAGCUACCGCCUGGCGCCCUGGCUACGCCAACGUGAGCAUUGUCAGCCAGCACAAGAAUGACUUUGAGCUCGGCGACCCGGUCGCAGACUCGCGCGAUACGUCUUUCGACGACACCAGGGACGAUCUUCUGCAUCUGCGCAGCACACCGCCAAAGGAACGCCCGCCUAUAGUACGCCAGAGCACACAGUUCACCGUGGCACUGCUCAAGUCACAGUCGCCCGUGUUGCACCAGCGAGGCAUGGAUUCGUCUGUGCGCGACUCGUCGGCCCGCGCAAUGGAUCUUUCUGGGCGCGGCUUGGACCUUCCCCCGCCUGUGCGCCCGAGCCUCCCGCGCAAUCCUUCGCAGUCCACCCAAGGUUCGCAGUCGCUGGGCGCAGCCCAUUCCAAAUCGCUUCCUCAUGCACCUUCGCCGUACGUGGCAGCACUUUCGGUCCCCAUCCCUCUCGCAGAUGAUACUGUGUUUGAUAUCCUUGCUGCAGAGUACCACAUCUCCGUCCCCGAUGGCUUUUCCCUAUUGGAUGUAUGUCAGAUGAACGCACGGGUAGCUGCCAGCGUGAGCCGGUACCGGGACUGCGAAAUCUGGCGCAUGCUUGGCGUGCUGUUGGAGCAAGAAUUUGAGGAACACCAGUUCGACGACCCGAGGUUCGAUGGCCAAUUUGAAGACCAGCAUACAGAUCCGCAAAAUGCCUCCGGUAGUCAACAUUCUGAGAAGGACAUAGACACCAAAUCCGUCUCUUCGUACUUGGGCAACUUUGUUGGCUCUUUCAACUCAAACUCCACCCUGACAACAAAUUAUGGUGGCCCGCACCGCAGCGACAGCGCUACAUCUAUGAAUAAGGCUCUUUUCGGUUCCAAGGAAAGAGAAGGGAAGGAAGGGAAGGACAUAAAGCAUGGUAAGCGGGAAAAGGAGAUUGAGCAAGGACUUGAAUCUCCUAAAGAGCUUAACCCUCUUUCAACUAGGCGGAAAGAUCUGGAUUCGAAGGCGAACAAUGCCGACUCAUCAGCAUUAGACAAGCCAGGAGACAAAUCUCUUGAUCGAUCUGCUCUCGACAGAUCAGCGCCCACUCUGUUCAGAAACAAACUGCUCUUGCAGACAUCUGAUGGCGAGACGCCUAAAGACAACAAUUUGAGCGAUGAGAUCCACGCAUACGAACCGAGAAACAAUCUUUCGACAAAAGUAUCUUUAUCGACAAUGUCGUCGCAGAAGCUGAAGGCUAUAGAUAUUAAAGCACCCAGGCGUUACAGCAACAAUGCUAUGCUGGCUAGCAUGUCACCUGAAAUAUUUGCUUCCAGUGAAUCACCUCUUAAGCAUAUCGCAAAAUUGUCGCCCAGCCGUUCCCAGACAGGUCAUUCAUGGUCUAUUCCCCUGAGCUCACAUGACCUCGAUGAUGAGAAUAUGCCGGCUAGCGUUAGUGGAUCACUUGCUUCUUCGGGGUAUAUGGGUGGGCCGGACUCUAGAUCAGGCAUCACCGGCACUUCAUUUCAUUCAAAUCCACGGUCCCAUCCCUCUUUCCUGUCGCAUAGGAGCUCUUUAACCUCUGGCCGUUCUUCUUUUGUAACCAAUAGGUCUGGUUUCUAUUCUCUGCAAGUGCAACCUGCUCCGCAAUUAUUGGAGAAGGUAGAAGAAUUCAGCAUCAGUAGCGCAGAACCUAAGACUUCGGAGCUCACCAAAGCAAUGAGAAAGAAAAAGUUUUCUUAUGAGGAGCUCGAAUCAUCUGAAGCAAAUGAGAAACCUUGGAGCUUGAUCAACCUUUUGGAAAAAGCCGUUAUUUAUGCAAGAGAUCAAGGUGACUUGGUAAUGUGCUGCACCCUCAUUCUUCUUUUCCAUGACUUGUUCAAGAAGAUAUUUUCCAACCGUAUAUUAUCCGACAACGCUUGUUUGGAGUGCUUAGCUCUUUACGUUGAUACGCUCCGUGGAAAAUGUCUAUUUACUACUGCUGUGAAUGUAGUGAAGGAAGCACCUUCGAGUUUGAAUUAUAAACUCGCCGUUUAUGCCAGCAAGGACGUUGAUAUGAGAUAUUAUUGUUGUUGGUGCGAAAAGCUCCUAGUCAACGAAACUUCCAAAGCAAAAUUUGGCCCAAACAGCGAAAAUUUCGGAUACUGGUAUUGUGACAGCUGCUCACGCCGGCAGCUGAACUGUAUCUAUUGUGGUGAACCAUGCCGAGGACUCACAGUCGUGGUAAGCUUGAAUUGUGGUCAUAGAGGACACUUUGGAUGUUUACAGGAAUGGUUUCUUGAUGAGCAGAGCACAGGGUGCCCCGGUGGAUGUGAGUAUGUGAUGGAUUAA